CCACGUUUUCCGUCUCCUUGAGCUUUUCCUCCUCCCCUCUCUUCCUCCCCUUUCUUCCCCAUCAUCCCUAUGGCGGCCGUCAUCCCUCCCCUAGAGCGUCCCCCAACCUCCUUCCGCGAGCCCAGCCCCUCCCCGUCCCUCACGAAGCGAGUAAUCCCUUACCGCUCCGAACUCCUGACAGAAGCUAAGACUAGCAAAAAGCAUGGCUCCUUAGCUCGCACCACUCAAGCACGCAGCCAACCGAGCACCGUCCAUAGAUUAGUUUCUCCGCCUAACUUUCCGAAACUGGGUCCAGCCACGCCGCGCGGCAUUUCUAAAAUCGCAUUAACUGACUUAGGGUUAGAAGAUGGGCCACCUACAUCGUCCUACACUAAAGCUGCCGAGACAUUGUACCUUUCCCUAGCGCGCCACGGCGCUGCGGUUAUCGAGCCGUCGCGCGAAGAUGUAGCGCUUUUGUGUAGAGCGCUGGAGUCGACGCGGCUUUACUUCCGUAAACGGGCCGAGGCUUCGCCCUUGGAGCCGUCGGAAUGGAGCGACCGUGGCGGUUAUUUCACCGCUCCUUCCAAGGACCUGUAUUUCUACAAGGCUGGAAGGUCCAUCAGCGAGGGGCUCAACGAUUUUUGCCCUCCAGGUUUUCCUGAAGCUUUUAAGUACACCGGACGCGUUUCACGGCUUGCGAUGUCCGCCAUUGCUAGGCACCUGAAGCUUCGUGGCGACUUUUUCUCUGGGUUGCUCGACGACUGUCCUUUGCCAGUCGGCGAGGUCUCGUCGUCCGUUUUAGCGGCGACGUGCCAAAGGAACGACUCCAUCGUCAACCAUCCCACGCCCGGCGACGGCGCAGCGAGCGUUUCCGAGGCCUCGGAAACGGAGAAGGGACUUUUGAUGCUUGUGACGGCCGAUUUCCCUGGCCUUCAGGUCUGCAAUUCCGAGGGCGUCUGGUCGCCGGCGGACCAGGGUGUGCCGCCUGGAAGCCUGCUGCUGCUGGCUGGCCAUUGCCUCCAUCGCGCCACGGGCGGGCUCUGCCCCGCCUCCACCUACCGCGUGCUGCCGCCCGCCUCGCCAGGAGCCACAAGGUGUUCGUUGUCGUUCCGCCUGAUGCCUCGUCCGACGGCAGCGAUCGACUGCUCUCCGCUGGUCCAGGCGGGUCAUGUGGUUCUCUCGGCCAUGCGAGACAUUGUGUACGCGGGAUCGUUCCUGGAGUCGCUGAGCUCGUUUGCUCAUGAUGCUGGGAGCGAUUCUAAGGAGUCGAGCAUGGCCGUUGCGUGCAAGUUGGAGAAGGCUUCGCUUUCGUCAAUGGUCGUAGACCCUGCCUCAGGAGCUCUUCUUGAGGAUGCAAUGAUUGCUUCAUGUGGCCAUUCCUUUGGCGGUGCAACGCUGUCAAGGGUCAUUGACUCUAUGCUCUGUCCCUAUUGCAUGGCCUCCAUAGACGUCAUCUCUUUGAUUCCCAACCUCGCCAUGAGGUCAGUCGCGUCUUGCUUCCGCAAGGGCCUAUCACAUGGAGCAGGCGUCAAGGUCCCGAAGAGAAAACGUGACAAGGAGACUGGAGAAGGGAAAGCUCCGUCUGACGCUGUAAAACGUCGCCCCAAGAGUGAGGAUCCAAUGCUUGCUGGCUCUUUCGAAGGAGAUGUCCUAGGCCGUCCAAGAGGAGUGCAAUUUCCUUUUUCUGUGAAUGACAAAGUUCUGAUCAAGGGAAACAAGCGCACUCCUGAGAAGUUUUUUGGCAGGGAGGCAAUAAUUACGUCUCAGUGCUUGAAUGGCUGGUACUUGGUUCGCAUGCUUGACACUGGCGAAAGUGUUCGCCUGCAGUACCGCUCCCUUCAGAAAAGUGAUGGAACACCUCUAGAGGCCAGAGACGCACGUCACUCUAGCAGUCCAGAUGUUCAGAUGGAGACGAAUCCUGAAGCGGGCUCUCCAGCAAGGAACUGGUGGGAAUCGAAGCCUGCUGCUGGAGGAAUGUCAUCCCUGCUGCAAGAAGAUGACAAGGAUGACAAAUUUGGCCAACCGCUAGCACUCCUGGAGGAUUCUGUCCCACGGCACAGCCCUCCUGGUGGGGCUCCAUCCACGAGUUUGCUUGGACGGCCCCUGCUUUCACCACCUCCCAGUCAUCUGCCUCCAGCAAGUCCUGCUGCUGAAUUGGCAGGAGCUCGGGAGUCCCAUGCGUACCCUGGAGCCCAUGGAUCAAGCCUUGCCAAGCAGACCCAAGCACUGAUCGCUGCUGCAGCAGCCAUGGAGGAGGAGUCAAGGGGUGCUGCUGUGAAUGACCAUGAGUCCUCUGGCAGCCAGCCUUCGCUUGCUCCUCGUGGAGAGCAGAAUGUGGAAGGUGUCACUGACAGACAGGAGAAUUUUGCCAACCCAGAGAUGGCCAGCAGGCAAAGACCUGAGUUACCUGGCCCUCUUCCUCUCUGGAUGUCUCCGAUCACCGCUACGUCAUUGCUUCACCAAGCUAUCUCGGACGCUCCAACUAACAAUCCGGGACAUGGUGGCGGGUAACAUGCAGGAGCUCUCCAGCAUCUGACCAUCUGAUCAGUAGUUCUAACCUGGGAAAGAACUGACCGAACUGAACUGACAUGGUCACUAACAGACUCGUUAUUUCUCAGCCUGGGUGCCCAAUGGUUUUCCUGGAGUGCAGUGAUGUGCUCGUGACAAUCUGGUUAAUUGCUGCUACGUGUGUGCAGCUGCAUGCGAACUGACCCUGAUUGUCUAGCUAAUCGACUUUUUUUUUUUCUAAUUUGUAAUUCUGCUUGUCCACCUGCUCAUUGUUUGCUUCUUACAUGUAAGGUAAGGUUGAAAUGCUUAUUGAUCAUGGGAGUAUUUGGAUAAAUAGCU